AUGAGGCUAACAUUUCGCGUGGCCAUCGCCGUCGCACUGGUCUUCACCAUCUUCCUCGUGAAGAACCAUAUCUCCUCAAUCGACGAGCAAUGGUCUGAUCGCGGCGCAAGCGUGCCCGUGCCGGAUUUCAUUCUCGACGGCGCCGGCACCCAUAUCGAGCUGGUCUCGGGCGACGACGUCGCUGCUUCAUCGAGUUCUGCGGUUGUGUCGCAGGUAUCCUCGACGCGGACUACAACGACCCCGAAAUUUUUGGACCCAACUGGGCCGCCGGUUACACCGGCGCAAUUUGAACCGAAGACGAUCCCCGUUGAGGUGCCUGGUGCGGAUUUCUAUGAUGAUUUAUUUUUGGACGAUUAUCUAGAUACAUUGGAUUACGAUAUUGGGUCCAGGCAUGGACAUAAUCAACCGCCGCCGAAGCCGAAAGCUACACCCAAACCGCCGGUGCCGAAGUUGACGGAUCGCAUUGUUGUGUUGGGCAGAAUGUCCUGGGAGGAUUCCGAUUGGUUGGAAGAGGAAUUGCCAGAGUGGCCGAACGCAGUCUACGUCGUCGAUGAUCCCGAAUCUGAAUACCAUGUCGCCGAAAAUAAAGGAAAAGAGAGUAACGUCUAUCUCACAUAUAUCAUGGACCAUUACGAUAAUCUACCUGAAUAUAUGGUCUUCCUUCAUGCCCACCGCUACGCCGAGCACAUCGAAUUUGAAGAGCAGGAUAAUGCCUUGGCCGUGCAGCGAUUACAACUAGACUACGUCCGCAAGGUCGGAUAUGCCAAUCUGCGGUGUGACUGGAGUCCAGGAUGUCCAGAUGAAGUCUACCCAUUUCGACAGCUAGCAGGGCGCACGACGGAAAUCGCGUUCGCGGGAGCAUGGAUCAAGAUCUUCAAUAAUACCGAUAUUCCCGAGGUGAUCGGAACACCUUGUUGUGCUCAGUUUGCUGUCACCAGGGAACAGGUGCUUGCUCGGCCGCUGAGCGACUAUGAGCACUAUUACCAUUGGCUGAUGGAAACGCAACUGGAUGAUGAGACCAGUGGCCGUGUGUUUGAGUAUCUGUGGCAUAUUAUUUUCGGGCAGGAUCCCGUAUCAUGCCCCAGCAAAGCACAGUGCUAUUCGGACAUAUAUGAUAUGGAAUAUGUAGAGCCGUUAAUUCCUGAUUACAUUUCGGAUAAUCCAUUCAGGAACAUGCAGAACGACGAAGAUUUCUUUGAUGGCUUUGAUUUGCCUGGAGAGUCAAACAAUGAGAACUGGGACGAGCAAGAGGAGGAGAAUGAGGAGGAAACGGAAGAAAACCAAGAGGAAGACGGCACAUCACAAGAUGUUCAAGGAGACAUCAAAGGAGAGGUUAAACAGGACGACAACGAAGAUGAGAAAGAUGACUCCAAUUUCGAAGAUUUCGACUUUGAUGGUCCCUGGGACGACUCAGAAUAUGACCAUACAUCAGUUCCUGAUCCACAGAAGGAUACAAAAGUCGAGAGCCCCGUCCACGGACUCACCUAA